UUCACAAUGCAAGGCAAAGUGCCCAAAUUAUUAUUAUUAUUUUUUUUUUUUAGGUUGAUCACAUGCCCUUUUAAAUGUGGUCCAUAACAGACACUAGCUUAUGUUUGUACUGGGCCAACAGUUGCUGACAGGUUUUACCACCACAAAAUGAACAUAGACUCUUUGUUUUGCAUCCCCCUCCCCUAAAGUUCCUCCACUAGCUUCCCAGAUUAGAUUAACAGUGCAUCACUCAGGCUUCAACAAACACCGGGCAACAAACACUCACAAGCUUGUGCAGGGUACUAAUCCCACAUUUUCAGUAUGAAGUAUUUGCAAAAGGAGAGAAAGAGUUAAAUUUUAGGAAUGAGAUUGUAGAAUUAGAAGUAUGAGCGGCUUUGGAUACUGUAAAGAGCUUGAGAAGCAUUAGGACAUUAAUGAAGAUGAACUUCUAGCCUUGUUGACCAAUGAAGAGCUCCAGGAGUUGGAGAGGGCAAUGGCUGAGAUGGAACCAGAUGAAAGUACAACCAUUGGACUAAGGCAAGAGGACCAGGAGGCCAAGUUGCCAACAGGGACUUUUUGCAAGUAUUGGGAAGACGAGACUUACAGAUUGCUAGAGAACAGCAUGGAUGAGAGUCAGACAGAUAAGAGUGAAGAGGAAUGUGGCAAUGAAGACUCUGAGGAUAAGGACCCUGAGGGGGGAGUGCAACAAAACAGAAGGCUUGGAAAGGUGUGUGAUGGGGAGAAAGAAACAAGGUCAAGCAGACAGAAUUUUAAGGACUUAUCCCUAUACAAUUGUAAGAGGAAUUGCUACAGCAGUCAGAAACCAAACAGCAUUAGUAUAGCUGUCCUGCAUCAUGUAGACUCAAACUUGAAUGCUAAGCAAGAGAGGCCAAGUGGUAAUCCCAUUGACAUUGACCAGAUCUUGAAGAAAAUCUUGACAAACGAUUCCUCCAUAAGUUGUCUAAACAACACUGAAAACAUUUCCCAAGGGGUUUUGGUGAGCUUUGCUGAUGCCUUGAUCUCAAAAUAUGUUAAGGUCUUCAGCCUUGCCAACACCCAUGCAGAUGACCAAGUAGCUUUGGCUUUGGCCAAAAUGCUUAAGGAGAACUGGAACAUCACCAACCUUAACAUCAAGUCCACAAUUAUUUAAGGCAAAGGUAUCCUGGCCUUGAUUUGGUCUCUUCAAUACAACACUACAGUGGAGCUCCGAUUCCACAUCUGUGGAGGCCAAGUAGAGAUGGAGAUGGUAACACUUCUGAGGGACAACACCACUCUCUUGAAACAAGGAUAUCAGUUUGACUUACCUGGCCCGAGGAUCUUAACCUACAACCAAGACCAUCAGUGGCAAAAGCGGCUACAGAAAGAGAGCAAGACAAUUGAAAGUACUGAACAAGAAGCAAAAACAUUGGACACUAUGGACAACACACAAUCAUCACAUUUUGAGACUUCAAAAGGUGACAAACAUGGCGAGAAUUUUCUUCAAGACCGCAAAGAUCCCCUAAAACCAGUAUCUGAAACAAUUAUCAGAAAAGAUGACAGAAAGUGUCUGGAAGGUGAUCAAAGGUCAAUGCGUGAUAAUCUAUUGGCAGCAAUUCGUAGAAGCAGCAUUGGUACACUUCAGAGGGUAAGACAUUUUACUUGUCCUGGACAUAUUCAAGAAGCCAAGCCUCAAAAGUACAAUCCUCAAAUUGACAACUGACUCUAGAAACAUUGCUGGACAGGACAGGAACCCUGAGCACUGAGGGUUCUACAGUACAUGCAACGUUGUUCUGAAGCAAAAACACUCUUAUUUGACAGACACUUAAAAUAUCAAACUCUAGAUCAGGGGUUCCCAAACUAUUUUGUCAGCUGAAACCAAUUGACCAAGAGGGCAGAUAACCUUAAUAUACUAUCCACUUAGCUAUAGCACAAAUUGUCUGAUUACAUUUGUAAAGAACAUGUUUGUUUAAACAUUCAAUUGACUAAUUGUUUUUCUUGCAGGUGACUGUCACUUCUCAUCA